AUGGAUCCCUCUGCUUAUAUCGUACGAGACACACAUCGUGCCGUGGUGUCCCUGCGCAUAGUCGCAGGCAUCAGUUCCCUCGCAGCACUUGUCGCUUUUGGAUGGUCACAAAACAAUUUUGACAACGGCGAGGUGCUCGUUGAAGACCUAGGUGCACCAGUCAUUAGUCCUGUUGUUGGUAUUCUUGAAUACACCCUGAUCUGGUCAUUACUAGCCGUGUCGAUUCGACUAUCCUCGCAAUCUCCCAUCCACCCGGCCAUUUACGUCACAUUCGACUGCAUCGCCUGGGCUGGCCUCCUCGCGAUAACCAUUCUCUAUCUUGCGUUGAUGAGCCCUUACUAUUCUGGUGAUGGAUACAGCUGCCCGACUUACACGACGGACUGCAUCGGCAAAACGGUAGCCAACGUGGAGCACUUCGGCACGGCGAUGGCGCUUCUUGCAGUGAUCAUCCACUUUGGGCUGUUUGUCUGGGCGUGCCGGAUUGCUGAUAAAUUCCGAAAGAGUGUCUCGAAGAGCGGCCAUGGUCAUGCAAAAGGCAGCAACGCGGCGUAA